AUGACACCAAACGCCACCAUUCCGUUUGCCCUCGUCACCUCAGCCGCCCGAGAUGACGAAGCCAAGGUGGUGGACAUCGAUGCCAUCAUGAACAAAUUAAACAUUGUCCUUCUCACGCUGACCAUUGUCCUGGGCACCACGGGCAACUCUGUAGUCAUCUGGGUGGCAGGCUUCAAGCUCAAGCCCACCGUCACCAAUGUGUGGCUGGUCAACCUGGCCGUGGCCGACCUCAUCUUCUGCCUGAGCCGUGUACUCUCGCUGACCAAGAAGCUCUUCUUCGACUACUGGCCGUUCGGCAUCUUCUUAUGCAAGUUCAACGGCUUCUUCAGGUAUACCAACAUGUUCUGCAGUGUGUUCCUGCUCGCUGUCAUCAGCAUGGACCGGACGCUCUGCGUCUGGCACCCUGUCUUUACCAAACGGCGUAGGACGAUCUGCGCCGCCCGCCUGGUGAGCGCCUGCGUGUGGGCUGUGGCGGCCAUUUUGAGCGCCCCCCACUUCGCCUACCGCCAGGUUUACCUCGGCAAGAACAACCUGAGCAAGUGCUCUCUGGAGGAGAAUGAGCCAAAAGGCGAUAACAGCGCUAAGCUUGCGCUCUCCCUAAUGCGCUUCCUAUGCGGUUUCCUGCUUCCUUUCCUCAUCAUCCUCUGCUGCUACAUCCUGGCAGGGCUAGGCAUCCGACGUACCCGCCUGUUGGGCAAGUCACGCCCACUCCGUAUCCUGGUAUCGCUGGUCUGUGCUUUUGUCCUGUGCUGGGCGCCCUACCACUGCCUCCUACUGGCAAAGAUGGUGAACAGCAACAGUACGUUGGUGACGGGGGGGCUGACAGUGGCCACAGCCUUUACCUACUUCAACAGUUGCGUGAACCCGCUGCUGUACUUCUGUAUGGGGUUGGACAUGAGAGGGUCGAGGUUCAGGCAGACAUUAGAGGGGGUGUACCGGAGAGCACUAGCCAAUGACAGAGAUGGUCGAAACACGCAGCCCAACGAGCGAACAGUGGAUAAUAGAUCUGGCUCUGCGUCACAACCUGCACUCAGUCUCAAGUGA